GAUCCGACCCACAUAGGGGAAAGUCCAAAUACGUAAAUGGGCUGACCGGGUCAACCCAAUAAGAACUGUGUUGAAAAUGGGCUGACCGCAAUUCGGCCCUAUAGAACUUGAGUCAAGUUCUCACAUGGCUGCAGAAAUGGCGUCCCGACCAAGUUCCAAUUUUGAAUCCCCAAAUACUGCACCAUUUCACGCUCCCCCACUACUCCAUGCCUACAAUCAUUUGCAGGUAAGAGCUAAGAACUACUACACUUAGCUUCAGAAUGCAGUAAUUUACCAUCAAUCCCUAGAUCUGAAACAUUUUAACCACAGUAGAGCAGAUCUCUCUUUCGCCAUUAACGCCCUAUUCAUCUGAAACGAUGAGCAAUUGAUUUGAUUGAUUGAGAAAGCGAUGGGCUCGAGCAGUAGCAAGCACAAUGCGCCUGGACAAUCACCUCCUCCUCCGCCGCCGCCGCCGCCGCCGCCGUGUGAAGCCGUUGUACGGAGGAGCCGAUCCAGAGGAAGCAGAGUUUUGAGGUCGUCGUGUCUCCGAUCUCACCGCUCUGAUUGUGAUGAACCCCAGGUUUCUAAUUCCCCAAGUGAAGAAAACAGCAAUUCCGUCUAUUCUCCAACCGAGAAUAAAUCAAGCUCUUGUCAAGUUUCAGCCGAAUGUUACAGCAAAGAUAAUGACAUAAAUUGUGUACACUGGGGCGAAUCGAGCUUCACAAAUACCGUAUCUCUACAAGCCAACACUUCUUCUAGAAACUUCUCCUCUCGAUCACUAAAUCCUCCUAGUCGCUUCAUUUCUCGUUUCACUUUCAAUCCGGGAAAUUUAAGCUUCCGUUUAACCAGAGGCAACAGCUGUCCUGCACCUUCCACUGGUUUAGCGAUCUCGAACGACGAAGAAGAAUUCGUGGGCCCCACUAAUAUUACAAGAAAUCGAAAUAACAGGCAUCAAGGUUGCGACUUUUUCCCUGCUUGCUUCACCAGUAGUAGGACUCGUCAUAAUAGAUCACAAGAUGAAAAUAUUCCGUCUAUCUCUAUUCCUGAUUUAUCCGACAAUUUUCAAGAUAAUCGAGAAUUAAAUCGUAUCGAAUCUAAUGAAAUUCAGACAAGAAAUUCAAGAAGACGUAUUGCUGCUCGAGAGCCCGUUGAAACGAAUGUCCGAUUUAGUAGAACGCUGAGUGUGGGUAGACUUCGUGACAGGGUUCUUCGAAGAAAUGCAACAGCUGUCGAUUUGGAUUUAGAUCUUUUUCAGCAAGACGGGGAACUGGGGCCCACUAGUCACCACACCCAUGAAGAAGUUCAAGCGUCAGCUGAUUAUAAUAAUAAUAAUAAUAACCUCGGUCAGCAGGUUUCUUCUGGUAAUGUCAUACCUAGUUUUUCGAACCCUUUUAAUGGUGGUCAGAAUAAUUCGUAUGAAACCCCACGAGCAAGAGAGACGAGGUAUCGUGAUCUACUCGAGCAUAGAUCGAAUUUCAUCGAGCGAAGAAGAAGAAUAAGAUCACAGGUGCGUGCGCUUCAACGACUUGGAAGCCGUUUCGAGAAUUUAUCGGGCCACGAGAGGUCUUGUAUAUUAUCUGGUCAACAUCAAGGAGGUCAAUGCACUUGUCGAAUUUCUUCUCGUGAGGCUAAUUCAAAUAAUGAUGCUAAUGCUAGGGCUAGUAUUUCGAGAAUCGUCAUGUUAGCCGAGGCUUUAUUUGAGGUAUUGGAUGAAAUUCACCAGCAAUCUGUAGUAUUACCCUCUCGACCGAGUGUUUCUUCCAUCGGAUCCGUUCCGGCACCUAGUGAAGUCGUUGACUCACUGCCGUUGAUUAUAUUUAGUAAUUUUAAAAGGAAGCCAUGUGAAGACGCUGCACAAUGUUAUAUAUGCCUCGUUGAGUAUGAGGACGGAGAUAGUAUGCGGUCACUACCUUGCCAUCACGAAUUUCAUCGAGCAUGUAUCGAUAAAUGGCUCAAAGAAGUUCACAGGGUAUGCCCCGUUUGUAGACGGGACAUCUGCCGACCAGAGUCAUUAACUACUACGAGUUGAUGGCAGAUUAUUACAAGCAAUCCUUAAUCUUUUCAAAAGACGAGCACUUUUGUUUGGCUUUGUGGAGCAACGGAAGUUACAUCUCUGCUUGAAGUUUUGAGGGCGUGCGGUGAAAAUGUGGAUUUUGAACAAACUCGGUUCAACCUAUAUUUAUUCGAAAAGUUGGUGUUUUUUUUUUCGUUCGGUGUUAUGUUUGCAGAUGAAGAUUGUGGGGAAUGUAUCUAUUUUCGGUGUUCUUGUGUAAGUAGUCGAAAAUCGAUACAAUGGAAUAGGUUACGGUCGAAUCCUAACCUACGUUACAUUCGGUGUUAUGUAAAUUGGAUGAAGAUUUACUAUUUAUUUACACACUAUAAUAUGAAGGUGUGUUUUAAUGUGUGAAUGAAUAAUUAAACUCUCUUGUUUG